UCAGAGAGGGAGAGAAACCCCUCCCUAGAAAAUAAAGUAAUCUUACCAUGUUACCUCAUCAGUAGGAGCAGAUGAAGGGGAGAAAGAGAAAGAGACAGAGACAAGGCUAGUGAGAGAAAGGGGUGGUCAUUGUAUGAGAUGAGAUUCCAGCAUUUUUAGAUGUAUUUUAUUUGCUGGUAUCAGCACUGCAGCUACUUUCCCCACACCCAUUAGCUUGACUGGUGGAUACAGAGUUAUUUUUUCUUCCUUUACAUUUAAGUUACAGAAACAACUGGUGACACUUAGGGAAAGGAAUAGAAGAGAAGAGAACUUCACCAUCUACAUGUAGAGAGUAACCAGGUUUAUGUUUUGGCUGUUUUAGGUUUCCUCAUACAGAUCUGAACAGUGUUUUUCUCUUCACCAUGGGAGGCAGGUGGAACCUCCUGCUACUGGCUCUGCAACUCUCCUUCAUUGCGGUCCUGUCAAAUCCACUCUGCCCAGAGGGAUUUUUUCAGGAAGACCAAAUAUGCAAAGAUCAAGAUGAAUGUGAUCCUUCUGAAUACGCUCCUAAAUCUUUUGGGCCCUGUGGAAAGGAUGCACGCUGUAUCAACACAAACGGCAGUUUCUACUGCCAGUGUAAGGAUGGUUUCAUAUCAUCGACAAAGACUCUGAAUUUUUCAGCUGGAACAUCUGCAAAAUGUAAAGAUAUCAAUGAGUGUUGGGAGUACACAGGCUUAUGUGGACCAAAUGCCACAUGCCACAACACAAUUCCACAUUAUUACUGCAGUUGUGAUGAGGGUUUCAUUUCCAAUACUAGAGUGGAAGAUUUUCACCAUGGUGACAAUGUCACAUGCAUAGAUAUUAACGAAUGUGAAGAGAGAGCACUUUGUGGUCUGAAUGCAGCAUGCACCAACACACCAGGCAGUUAUAGCUGUGUCUGUAAUGCUGGUUUUGUACUGAAAUCUGGAAAAUUAAGCAUUUCUGGGAAUCAGGAGCAAUGUGAAGACGUAUGUAUGAUUGAUAAGACAAUCUGUGGAAAUGGAACCUGCCACCAGGGAGACAGCGGUCAUUACUGUGCAUGCCACGUAGGGUCCACUAACUAUGGCAACAAGGGGUCUCGCUGCACUGAACUAAAAUGUGGCUUUUUUGAAGAUAUGAACUAUCUAAAAGAGGAAUUUCCACUUGAUCUUGUGAGGCAGUCGAAAAAUAUCUGUCUGGAGCUGACAGGAAGCUUGAAGGAUAAAGUACAACUGGAAGGAGAUGACAUUUUACAGAGACUGUUGUCUAUGAUUGACAAGGUCUUGUCUGGUGGAGCCUUCAAGGAUAAGAGGAAAGUCUCAAUCUUUCUGGACUUCAUGGAGAAUAUUCUGAAAAUCGUAUCACCCAUCAUUAAGUCUCCUGGGACAAAGAGAUCCUCCACUCACACAGAGUUACAGCUACUGGUACGUAGGGGGGUUGACUUACCCCAGGGACCUGUGACUUUAUCUUCUAAGCAUGUCAAGCUGGAUAUCAAGUUGGAGACAGCUGCUGGAGAGCUUUCCUCUUACCCUGGCUUUACAACGGUGUCCAUGCUGAGCUACUCAAACCUGGAAGACUCUGCAGAUGGCUUCUUUAGUGGGAUGAAAUCACAAAAGUUUAAGAUCAUCUCUAAAGUCAGUACUGUCACUGUCAGUAACACAAACACAAAUCACCUCGAGGAGCCAAUCAAUUUAACUUUCUACCACCUGAACCAGUCAGGUGAAUCUAACCACACUUGUGUGUUCUGGGAUUCCUCUGAGGAAGGAACAUGGUCUGCUCGCGGCUGCAGUGUGGUGGAGUCCAACACUGAUUACACAGUGUGUUCCUGCAACCAUCUGAGCAGCUUUGCUGUGCUCAUGGCACUCCAUGAGAUAGAGAAUAAAUUUGAGUUGCAGCUCCUCACCUUGGUGGGUCUGUCCCUUUCUCUAAUUUGCCUGUUCUUCUGCAUCCUGACGUUCUCACUGAUCCGCUCCAUCCAAGGCCCAAGAACCACCAUCCACCUACACCUCUGUAUUAGCCUCUUCAUUGCCAACCUCAUCUUCCUUGCAGGAAUCUCUCGUACAGACCACCAGGUUGGUUGUGCAGUGGUAGCAGGCCUGCUGCAUUUUUUCUACCUGGCAGCAUUUUGCUGGAUGUGUCUGGAGGGCAUACAACUCUUCAGGAUGGUAGUCCUGGUCUUUAAUACCAACUUCAAAACCCUGUACAUGAUGGCAGGAGGCUAUGGAGUCCCAGCUGUAAUUGUUGGUAUCUCUGUCUUAGCUAAUGCCAAGGGAUACGGCACUGAGAGAUAUUGUUGGUUAAACCUGGACUUCAUUUGGAGUUUCUUUGGCCCUGCCUGUGUCAUCAUCAUUAUAAACAUUUUCUUCUUUCUCAUCACCGUGUGGAAGUUGGCACAGAAGUUCUCAAGUUUAAACCCUGACAUGGACAAUCUGCAGAAAAUAAAGGCUUUCACCAUUACUGCAGUGGCUCAGCUGUGUGUGUUGGGCACCAUGUGGAUCUUUGGUUGUUUCCAGUUUAGGGAGCGCUCUAUAACCAUGUCUUACCUAUUCACCAUCUUUGGCAGUCUUCAGGGUUUUAUGCUCUUUGUCAUGCACUGUCUGUUUUCUAAACAGGUGAGGGAAGAAUAUGGAAACAUCGUGUCCAGAUUCUGCGCACCUCGAAAGAAGAGCUACUCAGAGUUCAGUUUCUCAAACUCCAGCAAAGUGCAGGCAUCCAAGAGCAACCAUGACACAGGAGAGUCUCAAAUCUGAGGAGCUGAACAGUGACGGUGUAACACAAUCUCCUGAAUACUGCCAAUCUCAGACAGCCAGCUCCUGCCCUGCCAUUAUGUAGAUAAUGCACCUAUUUGCUUGUGUUAUAAAUAGUAUGACUCUAUUUUUUUAUUUUUACUAUAUAUAUUAUAUUUUAUUGUUGUUAUUCAGUUGGUCUCUGUAUUUUAAGCUAUUGAAAUUGAUAUUGGUUGUAGGAAGAAAAAGAAAUGACAUUCAACAGUAUGUUUAAUUAUAAUACAGACUAGCCUUCAAAACUGAAAAAUCACAUGGGAUAAAUAUCACUUGUUUUGUAAAAACAAAUAUUUAGAUUAUUUCAUAUGUGAAAACAAAUGACUGAUUCUGGACCAAAAUAUCAAAAUGAUAGAUGGUAGUAUCAGUAAUAUGGCUUGUUGUAUCAUCUAGGUACUUUAUUCAAUGAGCAGACAAUAUAUUUAUAUAUAUAUAUUUCUCUGAGGAUUUUUUUCCUAUAUAAUAUUUAAAUAUUACCUACAAAAAAGAACAAUUAUUAGAAAGACAUUUAUUUUAAAUGUACGUUUGUGUAUAUAUUGCUGAGCAAUUCAGUAUUACAAUGACUGCAGUCCUGCUCCUUUUAAUGUGCUGUAACAUGUAAAAUGUAUAUCAAUAUAUGUUUAGUUAAAAGAGUUUUUUAUUUACCAAGUUCAGAUGACAAAUGUUUCAAAACUUGAAUGUUGAAAGAAUGCCUCUCCUGGAUGCUGUAAAUUAAAUAAAUAUUCUGUAAUAUCUUAGGAUUUUAUCACCACUGGCCUUGAAUUCAAAAUAUUAAAUAAAUUACUAUAGUUUUGAACA